AUCGGGUUGAAUUUUCUGGAGAGCAUCGGGUUGAAUUUUCUGGUGUUCAUCUGUCUAAGUUCUUCCGGAAAUGUCACAAGUGUAAAAGAGAGUCUCCUCCCCCAGAAGACUACAGCCUGCCCAGAGAUGGCUCACCACCACUUGUGGAUCUGGUUCCUUUGCCUGCAAACCUGGCCUGAAACAGCAGGAAGAGAUGCAGAUUUGCUUGUGGUGAAUGGGAUUCUUGGGGAGUCGGUUACUUUCCCCUUAAAUAUGCAAGAGCCACAGAAAGUUAAGAACAUUGUCUGGCUCUCUAAAUCAUCCGUUGCUUUUGUAAAAUCCAGACUCAAAGGAGAACCACCUGAGGUGACAGUGACCCAGGCCGCUUAUGAAGGACGAAUAGCUGUCAUAGAUCAGAACUAUGACCUAGUCAUUACACACCUGAGGAUGGAAGAUGCAGGAACUUACAGUGCAGACAUAAAUAUACAGAAUAAUACCUCCACCACUACAAAGAAGUAUCACCUUCAUAUCUACCGUCGGCUUAGAAAACCAAAAAUUACACAGACUUUAAUAACAUUUUUGAACAAUUCUUGUAAUGUCACACUAACAUGCUCUGUGGAGAAAGAAGAAGGGAAUGUGACAUACAGUUGGAGCCCCUUGGGAGAGAGAAGCAAUGUCCUUCAAAUCUUCCAGUCCCCUGAGGACCAAAAUCUGACUUACACAUGUACUGCCCAGAACCCUGUCAGCAACAGCUCUAACUCUGUCACUGCCCAGCAACUCUGCACAGACAUCCCAAACUUCUCCGUUCGACGUGCUGUGUUGCCAAGUGGACUGGCUGCUGCUCUCCCUCUGGUUAUUCUCAUUUUGGUUUUGGGGCUUCUGUUCUAUUUGUACAUGAGAAGGCGAAAUAAGAUUGACCUGGAAGAUGAUGUCUCAGAGAAAACCAAAUAUCAUAAAAUCUCAAGAAAUGAUCAUCCCACAGAGUCCAGAAUCUAUGAUGAAAUCCCUGAGUCCAAGGUGCUAUCCCAAAAAGAAGAGUCAGUGAACACCAUUUACUCCUCGGUGAAGUUUUAUGAGAAGAUUCAGAAAAACAACACAAAGGAUGGCAAACCUCCCAAGACUUUGGGUAAUGAGAUUGUCGUCUAGAUGCUCAGGUGAUGGAUGUCUUACAAUAGCACAGGUGACUCGAGGGCAGAUGGCUGCAUCACCGAAAAACCCACCCAGGCAUGGCUGAACAUGCAUCCCUGAAGUCCCCUGAACAACCUACAGGAGGCUCGGCUGAAGAGUCUCCUUUCCUACCACCGUGUUUUGCUGCUUCAAUAAACUUGGUGAUGGGUUUCCUGG